AGACGGGGCGGAGCUUGCCUGAGCUACUAGAGAAGGGUGGGCGUGCUAGGCGGGAGCUGCCUUUGCUGUGUUCUCUCGGCCGGACGCUGUCUCCCGACUGUUGGGGCGCUACUGAAAACUACUCCUACCAGUGUUGGGGUCUUGUGUUCACGACCACCAUUGUAUAAUUGAGGGCCUUGUUCGCUUCCUGCACGGAUUCAGCCUCGGCGUCCCCUCAGCAGCGGGUGUCGCUACUGGCGCCGGCGCCGGAGCGGCAGGCCGCUGCGGACCGCGGAGCCCAUGAAGGCUCGGGCCCCGCCGCCGCAAUCGCGGCGUCGCCGGUGUCUUGGAGCGAUCCGAACCUGCUCUGGCAUGACGGCGGCAUGAGCACGGACGGGGAGUCGCCGGAGGAGCCGGGGUGGAAGGCGGUGGCCUCACCCAAGGUGUCAGCCAUGCCUGAGAAGCGCGGGAGCGCUCAGGCCGCGAGCAGCAGCUGGCUACAAGGUUUUGGCCAGCCAAGUGUUUACCAUGCUGCUAUUGUCAUCUUCUUUGAAUUCUUUGCGUGGGGCCUGUUAACAACUCCAAUGUUGACUGUUUUACAUGAAACAUUUCCUCAACACACAUUCCUCAUGAAUGGUCUCAUUCAAGGCGUAAAGGGCCUGCUCUCUUUUCUGAGUGCUCCACUCAUAGGCGCUCUCUCUGAUGUUUGGGGCAGGAAGCCUUUUCUCCUUGGCACUGUCUUCUUUACCUGCUUCCCUAUCCCACUAAUGAGGAUUAGCCCAUGGUGGUAUUUUGGCAUGAUUUCUGUAUCUGGAGUCUUCUCAGUCACUUUCUCUGUAAUUUUUGCCUACGUAGCUGACUUCACUCAAGAGCAUGAAAGAAGUACUGCUUAUGGAUGGGUCUCAGCCACCUUUGCAGCUAGUCUGGUUAGCAGCCCAGCCAUUGGGACAUACCUCUCUGCAAAUUAUGGAGACAGUCUUGUUGUGCUAGUAGCCACAGUGGUGGCUCUCCUUGACAUCUGCUUCAUUUUGGUGGUAGUUCCAGAAUCUCUGUCGGAGAAAAUUAGACCUGCUUCCUGGGGAGCUCAGAUUUCUUGGAAACAAGCAGACCCUUUUGCGUCCUUAAAGAAAGUUGGAAAAGACUCUACUGUCUUACUCAUCUGCAUCACAGUGUUUCUCUCAUACCUUCCUGAAGCUGGACAGUAUUCAAGCUUUUUUCUCUAUCUCAGGCAGGUAAUAGGUUUUGGAUCUGUGAAAAUUGUAGCAUUCAUUGCUAUGGUAGGAAUUCUGUCCAUUGUGGCUCAGACAGUCUUCCUUAGCAAAUUGAUGAGAUCACUAGGGAAUAAGAAUACUGUCCUCCUUGGCUUGGGUUUUCAGAUGCUCCAGCUUGCCUGGUAUGGUUUUGGAACUCAGGCCUGGAUGAUGUGGGCAGCAGGAACUGUGGCUGCCAUGUCCAGCAUUACAUUCCCAGCAGUCAGUGCCCUCAUCUCUCGGAAUGCAGAGUCAGAUCAGCAAGGGGUUGCCCAGGGGAUCGUAACUGGAAUACGAGGGCUGUGCAAUGGCCUAGGGCCAGCACUAUAUGGCUUCAUAUUCUACAUGUUCCAUGUUGAACUGAGUGAGUUGGGCCCAAAAUUGAAUUCUAAUGAUGAUCCCCUACAGGGAGCUUUCAUCCCAGGCCCACCAUUUUUAUUUGGAGCAUGUAUAGUUCUUAUGUCUUUUUUGGUUGCCUUAUUCAUCCCUGAAUACCGUAAAACCAAUGGAGUUCAAAAACAUAACAACAGCAUCAGUGGCAGCCUAAGCACGCCCCCUGAACAGGGCAGUGAUGAGGACAUUGAGCCAUUACUGCAAGAUAGCAACAUCUGGGAGCUUUCCUUUGAAGAGCCUGGAAAUCAGUGCACUGAGCUAUAACCCAGUAGUAAUGGAGAUUCUGCAGACACCAUCUCUGAGAGCCAUAGAGGAAGCUGCACCAUGUGGAGACUUCAUGGUGCUGGAGAGGCGAUGAUGCUAGCAGCAUCCUUUGGGCCAAGUUUAAUAAGUUACUCUUCCCAUGCCCCUGCCCUUUACUCUUCUGUCUCUCUCUGUUCUUUUACUCCCAUUCUUUUUUUCUUUUUAUAUAUUCUAAGAAAGAUUGAAAAGUCUUCAAGGUUAUUUAGAAUCUAGACUUUAAAACUUUAAUAGAAAAAUCAUGUCUGUGAUAGGAAAGAUGGUCUUUCCCUUUAGUAACUAGAAUAAGAGUGAAAGAAAUUUUUCUAUGUCCUUUUUGAUAUAAGAUGGGACAAUAGUGUUAACUGCCUUCUUUCAUUAUCUUUCUGUGAAUCAUUCCCUCUUAGUUUGUAAAUGUUGAUGAGAUGAUAAGAGUCACUUGGUAUCAAGGACUGACUUUGUCCAGAGGUUGGAUGAAAACCUAGUUUUGCUUUCCAUUUAUUUUCUCUACUUCUUAAGCUUCUUGAAAACGAACAUUAUUAAUAUUGAUCUAUGAUCACUUUUAUCAGAUAAAGGAAAUCUUUCUUAGAAAAUUCAAAUUAUGUUGAACAAGCAGCUCAGAUUCUUGGACUUUGUGUCCUGAUUGAGGUUAUCCUUGGCUACAUACUAGGAUCCUAUCUCAAGGCAAAACAACCAACCAUGAAGCUUUCUAGUGACAACAAAGAAAUCAGUAUACUUCAAGAAAAGUUUUUUUGUUUAUUAUUUUGUUUUAAAAUUUUAAAUAUUUCUGAAAGGGGGGAGAGUAACAGAUCUCAAUGGAGUUUAUUUCUAAGUUCAUGCUUAUAUGUUACUGUAUGCUCUUCCCCAUAUCUCCUUGUCCUACUUCUGUUUCCCUUACCUUACUCCUGCCUUAACUGUUAAUGUAGAAUGUGUUUGUUUUUGACUAAUCUGUAUUUUGGUAUGUUUUUCUGAAUCCCAUAGGAAUGUGCACAUCAAAUUCCUUUCUAAAAUAUGAGGGUUAGUGAAGCUUAGUUUCAUGAUAAGUGUAUUGCUAAUUUUUGAGAUGUUUUAUGGAAAAAGAAAACUACAGAUUUUAUAUUUUGCUGCACAGUAAAUGGACUAUUAACUUGGGUCUAUCUUCAACAAAGUACUCCUUUGAAAGUUUUAUAGGAAUGAAAACAUGUAGAUAUUUGUAAGGAUUUUAAUUUUUUGACGGGGGUGCUGUGUAAAUCUUGUAUUUAUAAAUAAUGAAGGUAUUGACAGAAAAAUAUAUACAACUUUUAUAAGGGAUCAUGUAUUGACUGAAUACAUUUAAAGGAAAAUAUAUUUUGAAGCCUGUUCUUCCAUGAACAGAUAAAACAUAUCUUUUUACUAUGCUGUUGGUUUUUAGGUUAAGCUUCCUAAUGCAUAAUAAAUUUUCAAUGGAUACUUA